AUGACAACAAAAUGCCGUCGGCUUCAGAUGCUUCGUCAGCCUCUAUACAAACUGAAAAGCCUCAUCAUUAUAUGUAUGUAUAUUGCUUAAUUAGUUAAGUUGAAUUUUAAUCUUUGCAGUGUUUAUUUUUUAAACUGAAAGUCAUACAUUUUAUUCCAGGUAUUUGAAAGAAUUUCGCACCCAACAGUGCGAGCUCUUUCUACAACAUAAAUGUCAACAACAUAGGCCAUUUACUUGCUUUCAUUGGCAUUUCCUUAAUCAAAGAAGGAGGCGACCUGUUAGAAAACGAGAUGGAACUUUCUCGUACAGUCCAGAUAUUUAUUGUACAAAAUAUGAUGAAACAACUGGGAUUUGCCCUGAUGGAGAUGAGUGAGUAUUUAAAAUAUGUGGUCGUGGUUGUAGUAGUGUGGAAUGGAUCGAGACGACUAAAUAUUAAAAAAAUCUAUUUAAAAUUUUUGGUGGGAAACUUCAGUAAGAAAAUUAAAGGUUAUAAAUAUUUUAAGGUCAUAGUUAUAAGAUUUCUUUAUUAUCAUUUAUCCUUAUAAUUUACGUGUCGAUCCAUAUGCAAUGAUUCCUGCGUAAAAUGCAUUCAGUUUGGAUUUUCUGUGGAAUCAUGGACGUCGCAUGUGUGAUGUAAACAAACCUGGCCGCCAUCUUUGUGACCCAAACUGAUAUUUUAUGAUUUGGCCGUAACUCUUAAUGACGUAGCAUUUAAUUUUUUUUACAAAUAUGAAUUAUGUUAAUCAGUUUAUUAGUUUUUGAAAAUUCUUGAGAUAUUUUUAUUGAUGGGCUAAUGUAAUGUCUCUAGAACUGGCCCGCCUGGUCAUGGCCUCAUAACAACAAAGACAAAGAAAUCUCGCGGCUUGGUCGGCUAAAUUUAGGUCUAAUUUCAAAAUGUUUAUACUUGGAAGAAAAAAAACAACGUGCUUUUAUGACUAAGUGUACUUAUUCUCAUUUUUAUUAGUGAAUAGUGUUUUCUGAAAUGUAAUUAUGGGAAAACUAAGAAUUUAUAACAAAUUUAGUGGUGUAUCAAAACAAAAUCAGCUGUAGGCUAAAUUUAGUCGUGUUGCGUUAAGGCCUUGACCUGAAACUGAACUUGACCUCGCUCAGUUUCAUUGACAAAAGCAAUAUUGUUUACGAGUCUGACAAGCGGGAUCUCAUUGUUCUGGUUUGCCAGGACAGCUACACGUCGUUAACACAAUCACAUCGGAAACAUGUUUUGAAUAACAGGAGCCUGCUAAUUUGAAUCGGAAGAACACGGCAACACGGAGUUGUUGUUUUUUAGGUGUUUUUUUUUUUUGUGUGAUGAAAAUAUAAACUAAAUACAUCAUGCUUAUUUUUAGAAAUGACGUAAUCCGUCUGAAAUAGGUUUAUGGCAACGCCGAGUCAUGGUGUUUUUACUUUAGGUCGAGUCACUUCCAUUUUCUUUUAUUUUUCUUUACUUUAAAAAAAAAAUGCACAGAGCCCCAAACUAAAUAAGGGAGUUGCAGUUAUAAUUAAUACUAAAUUUAUAGUUUUAGGCCCAAGGGCAAGGGAGUUGAAGUUGUAAUUAAUACUAAAUUUAUAGUUUUAGACCCAUUUAAUUAAUUAAUUUCAAACACAAUCACUUCUAUCUAUAACUAUAAUUAUAAUCUAUCUUUUUGAAAUUUAUCAAAAUUUUUCAGAAUUUAAAUUAAAUUAUUUUAACAUAUAUUCUAUUGUAAACAAAAGCAAAAGAUCUAACUUUUAUUUGAGCAUUAUUUUUAAAUGACAAACAUUAACAUGGAUGUUAUAAUUUAUAAUAAGAUAUAUAUAGUCUAGUGAUGAUAUGUCAAAUGUCAUUAUUAUCAUAAAAAAAACAUUAUGGACUAUAUUGUAUUAAAAUUAUAGUAAUAAGUUCAUAUUAAUUCUAUUAAAGCCCUGGGUCUAUUUAGGCCCCUUCAGUUCUGUAACAGGAGUAUUGUAUAACAAUGCAUUAUGCUUUGUAACUUUAGUCAGUGUUUUUAGCCAAUCAAGCAUUCUUAUGAAAUUCUGUGAAAACACUAAAAUCACAAAGAUUAAAACUAAGCAACAUUUUUUUUCUUCCAAAAUAUGAAACUUCACAAUUCAAUUUUAAGAAUUUCUCCAAAAAGUGUUUUCUUUUACUUAAAUUCAUUGUUCAGUAGAAAUACAGUAUGUACAGGUAGUUAAUUUAUUUAUGCUGAUAGUAUAAUGUCUUAAUAUAAAUGUUCUAUACUUUAAAUUCAUUAGCAUCUUAAACUUAAAUUACAUUUAAUCUUCUAAAUAAAAGCAGCCAUUUUUGUUUUGGCUGUUUUAAGAUAUUUUGUAUUUUAAUCCCACUUGCUUUUUAAUUCACUUGCUAAUUUUAAUUUUCCCCAAUUUAUUUGUAUUUUCACUUUCCUUAGAAAAUUAUGAAUGAUAUAUAAUGUAUAGUUUGAAAUUCUUUUUUAUUUUGUUCUGUUCAGACUCACAUGUUUAAAAAAAAAUGUUCAACUGAUUUAGAUAAAUUGUUUUGUUUGCAAACCAAUCAUUAAAUAGCCUACUUGUUUCUUUAUGAGAAAUAAAAUAUUCUCUCUUUUUAGCUGCCCAUUCUUACACAGAACUGCUGGAGACACUGAAAGAAGAUAUCACUUAAGAUAUUAUAAAACUGGCACUUGUGUAUAUGAAACAGAUUCCAAAGGCCAUUGCACUAAGAAUGGCCCUCAUUGUGCUUUUGCUCAUGGAGCACAUGAUAUGAGACCACCGGUUUAUGACUCUACAGAAAUGCAGCCUUCAAUCGAAAUUUUAGACAAAACUUCAACUUCUCCAAGCACUUUGGAGAAAGAUAAAGUACUUGCUGAAGAUCCGAGAUGGAAUGGUCAGACUUCUUUAAUUUUAAUACUUGGAUAUCAUAAAAAAAAGACAAAUUGAAUGUAGAUUGUUUGGGUGGCAAAAAAGUUAAUAAGUACUAUAACCAUAAAUAAUUUGUGUUUCAUCGUUCUAGAUGCAACAAAGUUAUACAGGGUGGGUCAAUAAAAGUAAAAAAAUCUCGUAAAAUGUGAUUUAAUCACAUCAAAUUUAGUUUAACAAUACCCAUACUAGCUUAAAGUCGUUGAAAAGCAAGGACACAUUGAAACAUGAUUCCUGAUUAACUAAAUAUUUUGCAAAAAAAAUUCCAUGAAGAAUUAUAAUUAAUUAAAUUAUAUUUUGAAAUAACUCAUAUGCUACGAGAUGUUCUCACUUUUAUUGGCCCACCCUGUAUAUUUUAAUAAAAUAAUUAUAAAUAUAAUUUCUAUCUAAGGCAUAUGCACUUUAUACAAUGUGGAAAUUAAUGCACAUCAUUUAAGUAAUUAUGUGACAAAUUUUUUUCUUUAAACAUACAGACAUAAUUUUUAUAAUAUAUUUUUUUAGACACAAAUUUUGUACUUGCAAAUUACAAGACUGAACCCUGCAAACGCCCCCCAAGACUUUGUCGCCAAGGUUAUGCAUGUCCACAGUUUCACAAUACUAGAGAUAGAAGAAGAAGCCCCAAACAAUUCAAAUAUAGGUAAUUACACAAAAAUGCUAUGUAUAAGCUAGUUCCUAAUGAUUGAUACUCCAAGUGAUGUUUUUAUUAUAAAUCUAAAAUAAUUCAUUGUUGAAUCUGAUGAUGAUUCUAAUUAGUUCUGACUCAUAAAUUCCUAAGUUUCAUAAUAGGUUAGUUUCAGCUUAAGAGCAUGAAAUUUUAAUUGGAUUAUUUAAAAUAAAUCUUGACAUAAAAAAUAUGAUUCUUUUCUUAACAACUUUCCAACAAAUAUAUAUAAAAAAAUUGAAGUUACUGUCAUGUUAUUUUGAAAAUAAGUAAACUCUUUACAUUUGUGUGCAGAUCUACACCUUGUCCUAAUGUGAAACAUGGGGAUGAAUGGGGGGAUCCAACACAGUGUGAAAGUGGAGACAACUGCUCUUAUUGUCAUACAAGAACAGAACAACAGUUUCACCCAGAGGUAUGAUUGGAUGUAAUGAUUUCAUGUUUCGCUUAACAUUUUGAAACAUUUUUUAAAAAAUAUUGUCACAUCUAGCAAACAGAGAUUUUUAAAAAAAAUUUAAAAAAAAAAAAGUUAAAAUGUAUAGUAGGAUAGUUAAUCUCUCUAAUAUGAGUAUUCUGUUUGUAGUAUCAAAUUUUGUUAUUAAAAGCUUGAAACAUGUAGGCAUAUCUAGUAUCUAGCAUUUUCAUUUUUGUUGACUAUGAUUUGAAGGCAUUAUUUCUGACUUAUAAUGAGAAUCUAAUAGUGAGCAAGACAAAUAUAAUAGGCAUAGUUAAGAAGAAAAAAAAUUAUAAUUGUGAAUCACUUUCAUGAGGUUGUAUCAUUUCUUAUCUCAACAUGCACCUCGGACUUUGAGACACAUGCAUUUUGCAACAGAUGAAAAGGCUGCCAUUAGUUAAUGAUCAUCAAUAUUUAUUUAUUCCUUUUGCAAUUACUGAAAACCUUCCAUCUGAAAAACAUAUCAAAUGGGAAAUAUUUAUAUACAACUUUUAUUAUUUCUUUAUCAGAUUUAUAAAUCAACCAAAUGUAACGACAUGGUUCAAACUAAUUGUUGCCCAAGAGGAGCAUUUUGUGCAUUUGCACAUGUAGAACGUAAGUUUGUAUCUUCAGCUCUUACAUUGAGUUCAAGGGGUAACAUUAUUGACUGAAGUAUUUUUUAAACUUAAAUUAUUAUUUUUUCAGAAAAAUAUUUCUGUUUGCUUUUUUUAAAAAUAGAACAUAAGUUUAACAGAUAUAAGAAAGUAGAACAAAUUAUUUUGUAAUAUUAAAUUUUUUUUUAAAGUUUUAAGGUGAUAGAAUCCAAGAGAGUUUGGUAUUUUAAGUGGAUAUCUUCUUUUAAAAUCUUUUAAGCUUAUCUUUGAGUUUAACAAUAACUGUUCUGAGCUACAAGUGUAAAAACAGUAUAAUCAAUUUGAGGUUUAACUGACAACUUUUUAAAUGUUCUUUCAUAUUGGCAGAAGAGAUUUCAAUUGUCAGAGAUGUUUUGUCAAGUUUAAGUAACAAUUCUCUAGCAGCAUUUGUGACAAAUGUCUUACCAUCAUGUGAGACAUCAAACAAACUAGAAACUAUCUCAGGAAAGGAUGAAUUCAAUGGGAAAGAGGUACUGAAAAUACUGAAUUAUCUUGUAAUUUAGCUGCAUUAAGUGUAAACAACUUGUUAAAACUUUGUAUUCAUUCCCAACUCAAGAUUUUCCUCCUUUUUUGAUGGGCUGUAUCAGUUGACAUUUCUGGGCUGUAUGGCAGCUGCGUUUUCACUGGGCCAUAAAGACACCAGUUGAAUCUUAAAUUUAGAUUUUUAUUAAGUGAUUUAAUGGUUACAAAAUGUUAAUCCCACCUUAUUUAGAUUUUCACUUUUAUGUUAAUAAAAAUAAUAUUAACAUUAUUUUGGACAGCAGACUAAUGGAAAGCCAGAUAUGAAACUUCCAAAUCCUAUAGGCAAAGAAAGGGCCAAUAGUAUACCUUCUCAGCCUAGUUUAAUAUCUGUAAGUAUUUUAUUUGGUAUUUAAGUUAUUUAAAAAAUAUAGGUAAUUAAAACUUGGAUUUAAUUUUUAUGAGUUAAUAAUGUAUGCUAUAAAUUCUUAGUGUUAAGGUACCAUUGAUUCUGGUACAUAUACCAUAGAUUUUGUUGCCAUUAUUAUUCCAGAUGAGUUUGAUUAGUAACAAUAAUGGCAGUGGAUACCGUAAUAGUCCUCUACCAGAUCCAUUUAUGAAAGCUAGAUCCUGCAGUGUUAGCUCUGAUUACAACAAUUCUCCACUCUACAUGCGAGCUCCUGGUUUUGAAAGGGAUGAGUACCAAGUAAGUUUUAAAUUAAUAUUCACUUUUUGGGAGCCAGGCUUUACAAGAAGCUAGCAAUUUUUAUUAUCAUAGUUUUUUGAGACUCAUUCACAUCACACAGCAUUUUUAACCCUUUCCACCGCAGCAUAUUGUGUACCUUGUCCCUCACGACUGGGUGUUGCACACCUGUACACUUAUUAUAAUGGGUAAAAGGGUUUCUGGCAAUUCCUGGCAACUGGGUGGUUUACACCCAUAGUCUUGUAUCACAGUAAAUGGCUCUCUUUAUGUUAUUUUCGUUUUUACAAUGUGGCAUGAUUUAGUUUGUGUAACACCAAACUCACUUCGCAGAUCACACAGUUUCUCCCACUGAAGCAUUUGUUUUGUACAUUAAUGAAAAAAAACAAUAGCUGACUCCACCAAAGGGGAAGGCGAGAAAGUAAAAGAAAACAAAUGGCAAGGGACUGAUGCGAUCUAAAUGAAAGUUUUUAGUGCCUGCUUAUUACACACUGGCGCUCUUCACCUCAACAGCAUUUCAAUGGAAUUUUUAUUCAGCCCUGUUGAUGGAAAUUGAAAUUCUCUUUUUAGGGCAGCAUUUUCAAUGAAGAGAUUCAGCAAACCUCUGAUUCAUAUUGGCUUUGACAACAAGGAUACUAGACUAAUCAUUUAGAUAUGUUUGAGAAGCAUUCCAACUAAUCAUUUAGAUAUGUUUGAGAAGCAUUCCAGAGUAAUUUGGCAAGGUACCUUGUUCCUGGAGAGUACAUCACUGUGAGUGAGCAACUGGUUGGUUUCAGAGGUCGGUGCAGAUUUAUUCAAUAUAUGCCAAGCAAGCCCGGCACAUACGGAAUAAAAAUCUUCUGGGGCUGUGAAUCCUUCGAACUAUCCUCUUAGAGGCUGCCCAUAUAUUGGCAAAGAAAAUGCAAGUGCCCUGCCAGCAAAAAGAAAUGUUGGAAUAUCCCCAGAGACUGUGAUUUCUCUCACAACGGCGUCCAGAUAUAGAAAGUGAAACUGAAUCCAAGAAACCAGAGAUUGUGCUCUAUAACAACAAAUUCAAAGGAGGAAUAAUCACCAUGGACCAUAUGGCGAAAGUGUUCUCAGUGAAUACAAAAAAACUAAAAGUAAAAGAUGGUCUUUUCUUGUGUUUUUCAACAUUGUUGACUUGGCAUCAAUUUUAGGAAGUGUGACAUUUAAAUAUAAAUAUCCGACUAACUCACUGUCUCAUGAAGACAACAGACAGUCAAUAUUGACGUUGCACAUUUCCUCACCCCUCCGCAAGUAGAGACAAUUUGUCCUGACACACUAAGAUAUUGUGAGGCAGAACAUCACCAGUGUUUUGAAAUCUUUCUGUUCUUUUAUGCAAAAACUGCGAGCUGAGCUGCAAAGCCCCUAUUUUUCAUGUGUACAUCUGACUGGUCUGCUUUGAAAUGGUUUGUCAAGUUGAAUAGAUAUUAUUAUUGUUGGAACCCCGGUACCCAAAUCCAUUCAAAAUAUUUAUUUAUUGUCAAAAUUUUAAAUCUAUUUAAUGGAUUACACAGACUCAAAUAAUUAACAAACAAAAACCAAACAAAAUGUUAACUAGCCAGUUUUUUUUCUUUUUUCUUCUAUUAAAUUAUGCAUGGGUGUGUUACACCCAGUUGCUAGGGACUGUAGGAAAAAAGUUUAUGCCCCAAAAAAUAAGUCACUUUCGCAUGCUUUAUACAAUUGCAUCCACCAAGGUGUUCAUUCCAACUACCUUGUGGUUUAAGUGGAGUAUGAGAAAGAUUAUUAAAAGGAGACUCAAGAUAUCAGCAAUCAAAGUCUGUCUCCAGGUGUAUUACACUCAGUUAUGGCGGAAAGGGUUAAGUGUUUGCAAUUUUUAAAAAUGUUUUAAAUAUUAAUAUUUUGUGUAAUUUUGAACCAUAAAUUAUUUUGUGGUAAUUUAGGACAAAUUAUUAGAGAAAUCAUUUAUUUCAUCCACAUGUAGCUUAAGUUGAGGCAACAGUUAGUUGCGAUCGAAAAGGAUACAACACUUGAUCCAACAGAGAAAGCUAAAAGGAAAGAUAAUCUGCUACUUAUUCAUCAGACAGGAUUGUACAAUUUUAGUCACAGUUUUUCAAUGGCACAAGGCUCUACCACUAUGUCUCCAUUAGCUCCUGCAUUUCACCCACCUGGGGAUUGUGUGGAAUCCGUUUUAGGUAAGUCUCAUUUUUAUUUAAUUAUUGUGUAAUAAUUUUUUAAUUUUCUAUUUUUAUUACCUAUAUGACAGAAGGUGGUGGAAAAGGCAAAUGUUAUUAAACUUUAUUUACUUAAAUAUUUUCACAGGAAAAGCAUUAGAUGAAGUUCACUUGGAUGACCUGGAUAUUGGGAGCUUAGAGAGAGAAUUAGAUAAAGAUAUGGAUGCCAACUCUGUCAGCAGUUCUAUUAGUGCAGGUCUCUCCACAUCAGGCUGUUUCAGCAAUAACUCCUCAAUACCCAUUGGCAUUCCUUUUAGUAGAAUAGCACAGCGAGGGAGCAUUAGUAGUUUAUCUCAAUCUCCACCGUCACCCUUUGGGAGUUUCCCUCACAGCAUGCAACCUUUACAGUUGCAGAAGCAAGAUUCUAAUGACCAUGUGAGAGUUUAUCUUUAUAUCUUUAUUUCUUACCUAUUAAAUUUGUUUUACAGAAAGUGUCAUGUUUAAAUUGGACAUAUACAAUACUUUAGUGAUCUAUAGCCAGAACAGGUUUCGCAUAAAUAGAAAUAACUAUAUCUUCUUUUUCUUUGCCUUUUUUUAACUCCCAGUGGAACAUAAGCCAUUAAUAAUUUAUUUCCAAGCCUUCUGGUAUCUAACACUUUCCAGUUUUUAUUACUUCUUUGUUGACAUUUCUUUGCCAGGUUUAUAUACUUAGCUUUAAAAUACUAAAGAAUCUUAAAAACUAUUAAUUCUGUUACUGCAUUCGCAGUCAUCCUCACCUUUACUUAACUGUUACCCUGGAAUGACCAAGUAUCAGAUGGGGUCAAAUUUAAGUGAUACCAACUCAAUGUCGCCUCGAAGUGCUGGACCACAAUCACCCAUGCUCUCUGGGUCUUUCAGUACACAUCUUCAGAAUGGUGAGGUACAUAAACUUCGAGAAGAACUUAUUAUGGCAAAAUCCAAAAUGGCUGAAUGGGAAGGGGUUUAUACCCAGGCAAAAUGUGUAAGUAGCUUGUAAUUUUUAGAUGCCUCUUAGAUUGUAACCUGAAGGUUGAGAACUUAUAAAAUAUAUAGCCAUUCCCUUUGCAACUUUUUUGUUGAAUUUAUUAAUUUUGAAAUGUCUUCCAUAAAACAUUUCCUAAGGAAACUGAUGAAGGCCGAGACUCACUUUUAUUCUAUUUCUGAUAUGUUAGAUAUCUCAUUCAAUUCAUUUGGAUUAAACUAUCUAAAUAAAUGCUUAAAUUUUAAAUCAGAACAAGCUCUUACAAAUCUUUUGAACUCAUUUAUAAGGAUAAAGACAUUUUCAAAUCCUCAAUGUUGUAUACUUUUUUUUUUUAAAUUUUGUGAAGCUACAUUAGGCUUUCACACCAAAGUUUGUAACCCGCUAAUAAAUCGACCCCAUACACUAAUAUGUCAGUAGAAGCUAUACAGUAUUAAAGAAAUUAUUUAUUUUUUAAAAAUCUAAACUUUAAAAAAUAAUAAUCGUGAAAGUAAAAAGACUUAAUAAACAUAAAUUAUUAUGUUUCAAUAACACAGGCACUUGCUUUGCAUAUCCCCCUGAUAUAUUUUUUUGAAAGUUUGGUUUCUGAACAAGUAUAUAUGGUAGUUGUUGUUACUACAUUUAUAACAUUUAUACAUUAAAUGUAAUCUGAAUUGACAAAAAACAUCAUUUGUAUCUCCUCCUCCCCCUCCUCUUCCCCCCAAACCCUUCCAGCUUUUUAUAAUUGUAUGGUUAUAAAUAAAUUUAUUCAGGGAAAUAGUCAAAUUUCCUUUGGAACUAAGGUAAACGUAGGCAAAUAUUUUAGGGAUAUCAGUCUUUGUUCAUGAAAAGUUAAAUAAGAACUAUUUAUAAAAUAUUCAUUUAAUGACAAACAGCUUUGCUAAUGAAAAUAGUUUUCAAGUCCCUGAAGACUAUUUAGUCAUUUAUUACUUAUUAUCAACUGACAAGUUUCAAAUACCUAUUUAAUAGGUAACACAUUUUGUUAUACAGGCCUGUGAUGCUUGGAAAAAGGAAGCUGAAGAUGCUGCUAGGAAAGUAAAAAUAGCAGAGGAAGAAAAGCAACAAGCUUUGAAACAGAAGGAAGAAGUAAGUUUGUACUCAAUAAUACAAAAUUUCUUUUAACACUUAAAAACAAGUAUUUAUUAUUUUUAUUUUUGCAUAUUUGAUUUAGGAUUCAGUGAUUCAUUUUUUGUAAUCGGAGAAGUAAUGCAGAUAUUUUAUAUUUUGUCAUUAGGUUAUUUCCCAAAACCAUAGAAUGCAACAGGUGAUUGUAAUGGGCGGUGGUCCCCACAUAUACGCACUGUCUAGAUCCAGUGAGCUAGAUAAACUUAAUCUUCAGCAGUUGCAACAGAUUAAAGUGCAACUACAACAAGAUGUGGAAAUACUGGACAAGGUGAGAAUUUAUGUUUACAAUCAGUAUUAUAGUUGAGUGACUUGCUGCAAGUUAACAGCAGAUUUUGUAUGAAAAAUCAUAUUCAGAAGGUAUGUUUUGGUGCAUGUAGUAUUAUCUUAAAUUGUUAGUUUGUUUUUACUUCUGUACAAUUUAAUUCAAACAAAUUUUUUUAAAAAUUGAAACUUCUUAAGUUGACACCGUGUAAAUCAUGUUUUUAAAACAAUAUUUACUUUGACUAGAAAUGUAUGGUUUGUUUUCUAUCUUAUUUAUUGUCAUGUUUCUUUUUAAAUACAGUUAAUUUACCAGAAAUUUGGAAGGAAAGUUUGAUGUGGGUGAACCUUAGAACUUUUACAACUAAUCUUUGAAGAUCAGUAGUUUGGGAAUAAUGGCAAUACAAAGAAAAGGAUUUACCAGACCUUGUCAGCUCUGUGUUCUGGCAGAUGGAUAUGCUUUAUUGAAACUACUUACUUAGACAAAUAAUGCCUUUACUCUAAUUCUUCUUUGAUGUAAGAGUGCUGUUUAUGUGUGUCAUCUGUUUUGAUUAAUAAACAUUUAUGUGUUCUGAUACUUGAAAGCUGAAUAUAAAACAGCAAAUGGAAAAAAAAGUAGUUGAAAUUUUUACCACAAUAAGACACUCAUGAAAACUAUUUGUACAGUAAGAAUUGUUGUUCUCUAGUGUAUGUUUUUUGUUUUGUUUUAAACAAAUUGAUAAAAAGAUGUACAUAUAUCAUAUUAAAACACAUAUUUUUUCAUAAGUACAAUUUAAAAUUAGAAUUUCACAAUGUUUUAAAAAUCAUUAAAAUAAAUCAGAUAAUAUAACAAAAGUAUUACCCUAAUAAUAUUUUAUCAUUAUUACACCAUUAGCUUAGAUUUCUAGUUAUUUAUUUGAAUCUUGUUACAUUUUCCUGAAGUUAUAUAACUACUCAAUGUUUUUUCCCUUUCAAGGCUUGAGAUAUCACAUAUAUAAAUAGCUAUUUUCUUCCUUGGUCAGAUGGGGGCAGCAUCGUAAAUAAAAUUUCUCGGUUAACUGCUGAAAUUUUAGGGAGAAAAUAAUAUCUCCCUUUUGAAAAAAAGAAAACAGAACAAAUAAAAUGUUUAUUGCUGUAAAACCCAACUAUAUUUUAUAUGCUGUUGACUUGUAAUAUAAUUCUUCAGGACUCUUGUCAAAAAUUUUCUGCCUACGCUGCUUAGAAAAAUUAUUUUUGAAGGAAUAUCAAUUAAUUAAACUCUGCUAUUCAAGUUUUUAAUCGCAAUUUAAAAAAAAAUUGUUUGACUAUCAGAUCUGUAUUUUAAAUUAUGUCUUGUCGAUCAGUUUAAUUCAGUUUGUGCAUUCAUGUUGAGGGCAUCUUUUAUAUUCAUUAGCCAAUGUAAAUACUCUUGGAAUUAUAGCUGCAUUUUAAAACAAGUUUAGAAAAUUAUUUGCUUAAGGGUUUGUUGAUGUUAAGAGUUCAAAUUUUGCCUUUCAUUGGAAAAUGUACAGUAUUGCAAGUUUUAGUGAUGGAAAGGAUAAAUAAAGAUAG